GUGAAGGAGGGAGAGACUGCUGCCUGCCCCAGCCAGCAACUAUACAAGCAUGGAGAGAGUGUCAGCUAGGAAGCCACAGAAAUACACAGCAGAGGACAAAACUGACAGAAGUUAAAGACACGUGUUCUAUUUUACAGGCUGGUAAAAUCUUUCUCUUUCUUUUUUGUUCUUUUGCACAUGUUCCUGAGCCUAGCCAGUGGACUUACCUGAGGGGAGGAAAAAAGAGGAAGAGAGAACAAGAUGAAAGAAAAAGGAGUGAAUUUCUCUGUCUUUGAGAGGAUUUUCUAAUGGUAUCUUCUAAUGUCAAGAGGUAACCCAGAACCAUGGUAAUUUUGCAACAGGGGGACUAUGUCUGGUUAGACUUCAAGACCUGCCAGGAGUUUGACAUUUCAAUCGGAGCUGUGGUCAAGCUCUGUGACUCGGGCCAGAUCCAGGUCUUGGAUGAUGAGGGUCAGGAGCACUGGAUCUGUCCCCAGGACGUGACCCACCUCAAGCCCAUGCACCCCACAUCCAUUCAUGGCGUAGAGGACAUGAUUCGCCUAGGAGACCUGAAUGAGUCCGGGAUCCUCAGGAACCUCUUCAUCCGCUACAAUGAGAGAGCAAUAUAUACGUACACAGGGUCAAUCCUGGUGGCAGUGAACCCCUACCAGCUGCUGCCCAUUUACACAGCAGACCAUAUCCGCCUGUACACUAGCAAGAAGAUCGGAGAAAUGCCUCCACACAUCUUCAGUAUUGCUGACAACUGUUACUUCAACAUGCAGAGGAAUAAGAAGGACCAGUGCUGCAUCAUCAGUGGUGAGUCUGGCGCAGGGAAGACAGAGAGCACCAAACUCAUCCUCCAGUUCCUGACUGCAGUCAGUGGGCAGCACUCCUGGAUUGAGCAGCAAGUUCUGGAGGCCAACCCUAUCCUAGAAGCAUUUGGAAAUGCUAAGACUUUAUGCAAUGAUAACUCCAGCCGGUUUGGGAAAUAUAUUGAUAUUCACUUCAACAAGAAAGGAGCCAUUGAAGGGGCAAAGAUGGAACAGUACCUGCUUGAGAAGUCGAGAGUCUGCAGACAAGCUCCAGAUGAGAGAAACUACCACAUAUUCUACUGCAUGCUGGAGGGCAUGAUUGCAGACCAGAAGACAAAGCUGGAACUAGGCCUGGCCACAGACUACACAUAUCUGACCAUGGGGAACUGUACUGUAUGCUAUGGGCGGGAUGAUAUGAAGGAAUACUCUAGCAUCCUAUCGGCCAUGAAGGUAUUGAUGUUUACGGACACUGAGAACUGGGAGAUUUUUAAACUGCUGGCAGCCAUCCUGCACAUGGGCAACAUGCACUUUGAACCAAGGACAUUUAAAAACCUGGAUGCCUGCAUGGUGGUGCACUCACCGGCCCUGGCUAAAGCAGCAGCUCUGCUGGAGGUGGACCCUCACACUGUCAUGACGUGUCUGACCACUCGCACCCUCAUCACUCGAGGAGAGUGUGUAUCUACCCCUCUCAGCAUGGAUCAGGGGCUGGAUGUACGGGAUGCUUUUGUGAAGGGAAUAUAUGGAAGGAUGUUUGUGUGGAUAGUGGACAAAAUCAAUGCUGCCAUCUGCAGGGUCCCAUCCAUUGAAAAUAAAGUUAAUUGCAGAUCCAUAGGUCUGUUAGACAUCUUUGGAUUUGAGAAUUUUACCAUAAACAGUUUUGAACAGCUGUGCAUCAACUUUGCUAAUGAGAACCUGCAGCAGUUCUUCGUACAACAUGUCUUCAAGCUGGAGCAGCAGGAGUACAACCUGGAGAACAUCAACUGGCAGCACAUCACGUUCACUGACAACCAGGAUGCCCUGGACAUGAUCGCCAACAAGCCCAUGAACAUUAUCUCCCUCAUUGAUGAAGAGAGCAAGUUCCCGAAGGGAACUGAUGCUACCAUGCUGAACAAACUAAACUCUCAGCACAAAUUCAACAUCAACUACAUCCCCCCUAAGCACAGUCAUGAGACUCAGUUUGGCAUUCAGCACUUUGCUGGCAUGGUUCACUACCAAACCAAAGGAUUUCUAGAGAAGAACAGAGACAGCCUCAAUAGUGACAUCAUCCAGUUGGUGCACUCCUCCAGAAAUAAGUUCAUCAAACUGAUCUUUCAAGCUGAUGUUGCUAUGGGUGUUGAGACUAGGAAGCGCUCUCUGACCCUGAGCAGUCAGUUUAAGCGUUCUCUGGAGCUGCUCAUGAGAACUUUGGGUUCAUGUCAGCCAUUUUUUGUGCGCUGCAUCAAACCCAAUGAGUUCAAGAAGCCAAUGCUGUUUGACAGAGGGCUAUGUCUUCGGCAGUUGCAGUAUUCUGGAAUGAUGGAGACCAUUCGGAUCCGCAGAGCUGGGUAUCCUAUACGCUACACGUUUGCAGAAUUUGUGGACCGUUACAGGGUUCUUAUGCCUGGAGUUAAACCAGCCUCUUUACAGAAGAAUCUGCGUGGGGCAUGCCAAAGCAUAGCAAUGUCAGUCCUGGGCCAAAAUAAUGACUGGCAGAUGGGAAAGACGAAGAUAUUUCUCAAGGAUUACCAUGACAUGCAGCUGGAGAUUGAGAGAGACAAGACCAUCACAAACAAGGUCAUUCUCAUUCAGAAAACAGUGCGUGGAAAGAAAAUCAGGGCCAACUUCUUGAAGGUUAGGAGGUCAGCUAUUCUGAUCCAGACGCAGUGGAGAGCCUAUAUCUGUAGAAAGAACUACAGAGUGAUGUGUGCAGGUUUCUUGCGACUGCAGGCCGUGUUCCGGUCCCACAAGCAUUGCUUGGCAUACCGGGAGACCAGGGCACGCAUCAUUCUACUGCAAGGCCAAUGCCGUGGCCUCCUGGUGAGGCGGACAUUCUUGAAUCGCUUAAAUGGCAUUAUCAUGAUCCAGGCCCAUGUCCGUGGGUUGAUGGCACGCAGACUCUGCAGGCGUCUCAGACUGGAGAGGGAGCGCCGACUAGAGGCUGAGCAGCAGUGGCUUGCCGAGGAGGAGCGGCUCAGGAGCCAGAUGACAGCGCACAGGGCUCGGGCUGAGGCAGAGCGCAUGCACCAGGAGCGACUGGCACAACUGGGCCGUGAGUGGGAGGAGAGAGAGCAAGCUGAGCGCACAGAGGCUCGCAGAAAGAAGGAGCUUCUCGAGCAGUUGGAGCUGGCAAAACGGGAGCCUGUUAACCAUUCGGACAUGGUGGACAAGAUGUUUGGAUUUCUGGGCAAUCCCCGCUCCCUCCCUAACUUAGAGGGCGAGGCACCCACAGGAUUUGAGGAUCUAGAAAAUAUUCCCAGUGAGCUUGAAGAUGACUCCAUCAAUGAGGCUCUUCCUCUUCCUGAUGAGGAACAAGAGGAUCUGUCUGAGUACAAAUUUGCAAAGUUUGCUGCCACCUACUUCCAGGGAAACACAACACACACACAUGUGCGUCGAACACUGAAACAACCAUUGCUUUUCCAUGAGGACGAAGAUGUCCAGCUGGCUGCUCUGGCUGUGUGGGUUACUAUACUGAGGUUUAUGGGAGACCUACCAGAGCCUAAAUAUCAGAUAAGCAUCAGUGAUGGGAGUGAGAAGAUCCCAGUCAUGACCAAGAUCUAUGAGACACUGGGCAAGAGGACCUACAAGACAGAGCUGCAGGCCCUGCAGGGCAAGGAUGAGAGUUCCAUUCCCGACAGCCAAAAGAGAAACACCAUUAGACACAAAAUGGUGUCUCUCACACUGAAAAAGAAAUCAAAAAUCACAGAGGAGGUGACCAAGCGGCUGGCCGAUGGUGACUACAGUCUACAGGGGAACAGUAUGUUGGAGGAUCGGCCUACUUCCAACCUGGAUAAACUUCACUUCAUCAUUGGCAAUGGGAUUUUACGCACUGCUCUGAGAGAUGAGAUCUACUGUCAGAUUUGUAAGCAGCUCAACCAGAAUCCGUCCAAGAGUAGCCAAGCUCGUGGCUGGAUUCUGCUGUCACUCUGUGUGGGCUGCUUUGCACCAUCUGAGAAAUUUGCCAAAUAUCUGCGGACAUUUAUUAAUUCUGGGCCUCCUGGCUAUGCCACUUACUGUGAAGAAAGACUGAGACGCACAUUUGUGAACAAGACCAGAACUCAACCUCCCUCAUGGCUCGAGCUGCAGGCCACUAAAUCCAAGAAGCCCAUCAUGUUGCCAGUGACCUUUAUGGAUGGCACUACGAAGACCCUGCUGGCAGACUCAGCCACCACAGCUAAAGAACUGUGUAAUGCUCUGGCAGAUAAAAUCGGUCUACAGGACCGUUUUGGCUUCUCUCUGUACAUCGCUCUAUUCGAUAAGGUAUCAUCCCUGGGCAGUGGGAACGAUCAUGUGAUGGAUGCAGUGUCUCAGUGUGAGAAGUAUGCCAAAGAGCAGGGGGCUCAGGAACGUAACGCCCCCUGGAGGCUGUUUUUCAGGAAAGAGCUCUUCACACCCUGGCACAACCCUGCUGAUGACAGCGUGGCCACUAACCUCAUCUAUCAGCAGAUUGUCCGUGGGGUCAAGUUUGGAGAGUAUUGCUGUGAUAGGGAAGAGGACCUGGCCGAGCUGGCCUCUCAGCAGUAUUAUGUGGAAUAUGGGCCGAUUAUUGUACAGGACCGCCUUCUCAACCUCAUCCACUCCUACAUCCCAGAGCAGGACAUCAGCUCCACCAGAACCAUUGACAAGUGGGCCAAGGUCAUCUUAGCAACUCACAAAAAGGGAAUCUACACCCAGAAGAGGUUUGAUCAAGAAAGAGUGAAAGGGGAUGUGGUGGAAUUUGCUCGUUUCAAGUGGCCUUUGCUUUUCUCACGCUUCUUUGAGGCCUUUAAAUUCUCAGGGCCCAGUCUGCCGAAGAACGAUGUGAUCGUGGCAGUGAACUGGACUGGAGUUUACAUUAUGGAUGAACAAGAGCAGGUCCUUCUAGAACUCACUUUUCCUGAGAUAACUGCAGUGUCCUGCAGAAGAGGUUGCAAGCUCCAGGGCCAGAGUUUUACCCUAGCCACCAUUAAAGGAGAUGAAUACACUUUUACCUCCAACAAUGCCAAGGACAUUCAUGACCUGGCCAUCAUCUUCUUGGAUGGCCUGCGCAUGAGAUCUAAGUUUGUGGUGGCUCUUGUGGACAGCCUUAACCCUGCUGGACAUGGCUCAUUUUUAAAUUUCUCAAAGGGAGAUCUAAUCCUGCUGGAUGAACACACAGGAGAACAUGUAAUGAACUCUGGCUGGGCCUGUGGAGUCAAUGACAGAACCAAGAAGAGAGGAGACUUUCCUGCAGACAGCGUCUACGUGCUGCCCACGGUCACCAGACCACAGUAUGAUAUUGUGGCCCUGGUAACUGCAUCAACAGGCCAGCAUAAGGACUCUGUAAGUUUGUUACAGCAGAACCUGACAGAGACUGAAGAGAAAGUAAAGCCUUACACCCUGGAGGAGUUCUCUUAUGGUCACUUUAGACCUCAUCCUAAGAGUACUCUGAGUCGGGUGAUGAUUACUAAAGGCAGGGGGAAGGACAAGCUGUGGUGCUGCACCAGAGAGCCUCUCAAACAGCCACUGCUGAAGAAGCUCCUUAACCAUGAGGAGCUCUCCCAGAAUGCCUGCUCUUCGUUCACAGCCAUCAUGAAGUACAUGGGAGACUACCCAUCUAAGAGAGCACGCAGCGUUAAUGAACUCACCGAUCGGAUCUUCGAGGGAGCUCUGAAAUCUGAGCCACUGAAGGAUGAGAUCUUCUGCCAGAUCAUGAAACAGCUCACUGAGAACCAUGUGAAGUGCAGUGAGGAGAAGGGCUGGGAGCUACUGUGGCUUUGCACUGGCCUUUUUCCACCAAGUAACAACCUCCUGCCUCACGUGCAGAAGUUUCUGCAGUCCAGGAAACACCACCCACUGGCCCCGGACUGCAUGCAGAGGCUGCAGAAAGCCUUGCGAAAUGGUUCAAGGAAGUACCCUCCUCACCUGGUGGAAGUAGAAGCUAUCCAGCACAAUACCACGCAGAUCUUUCACAAAGUAUACUUCCCUGAUGACACAGAUGAGGCUUUUGAAGUGGAGUCAAGCACAAAGGCCAAAGACUUCUGUCUGAACAUCUCUGGCAGAAUGCUGCUCAAAUCACCUGAGGGCUUCAGCUUGUUUGUCAAGAUUUCUGACAAGGUCAUCAGUGUGCCAGAUGGAGAUUUCUUUUUUGACUUUGUUAGACAUCUUACUGACUGGAUCAAAAAAGCCAGACCUCUAAUGGAUGGCAUACUUCCUUCACUGACAUAUCAUGUGUACUUCAUGAAAAAACUGUGGACCAGUACUGUACCAGGCCAAGACCCAAUGGCAGACUCCAUCUUUCACUACUACCAGGAGCUUCCCAAAUACAUUCAUGGUUACCACCUGUGUAGUCGUGAGGAGGUCUUUCAGCUGGCCGCUCUCAUAUACCGGAUUAUGUUUGAAGAGGACAAAUCACAGUUCAUCACCAUCCCCAAGCUGCUAAAAGAGCUUGUCCCUCAAGAUAUGCUUGGACAGCUUUCAGCUGAUGACUGGAAACGAUCCAUCAUGGUACAUUUCAACAGACAUGCAGGGAAAACCCGGGAGGAUGCCAAACUCAUGUUCCUGAAAAUCAUUUACAAGUGGCCCACUUUUGGAUCAGCCUUUUUUGAAGUCAAACAAGUCACAGAUCCCAAUUUCCCAGAGAUACUGCUGAUAGCUAUCAACAAACAUGGGGUUAGUCUUAUCGACCCUAGAACAAAGGAUAUCUUGAUAACACACCCCUUCACCAAAAUCUCUAACUGGAGUAGUGGGAACACCUAUUUCCACAUUACAAUUGGUAAUCUGGUGAGAGGUAGCAAGCUGCUCUGUGAAACAUUGCUGGGCUACAAAAUGGAUGACCUCCUGACCUCUUACAUCAGUCAGAUGUUAACUACCAUGAUGAAACAACGCAGUUCUCAUGGAAACAGAAAAUAAUGCAGAGCAUGUCAUUUAAGACUUUUUAAAUUUUUUUAUUAUGCACUGCCUUACAAGGACAAACACAUUCUGACCAGUGAACAAAUUAAGCCUCAUGUCUUCAAUCUAUUAUACUGAAAACGUUUAUUUAUGUGAAAUAAUGGAACUAGUUUAAAACAUUAUAGUUAUAGUUCAUAGUUAUUCAAGCAUUCUCCCAACUGCAGAUAGCCUACUAUUUGCAUUUUAAGAAAGCUCAGUAAUAUUAAGUUAUAAUACAAUGAUCAAACCAUUAAAAUGCGCUGCGUAACUGGUUGACAUUUUUAAAUGACAUAGGUGUAAUCUGUUAAAUGUACUAACUUGAUUGUAAAUAUUCCCAGCAUGAUUUUAAAUGUAUAGUUAACUGAGAGUUCUGACCCUAUUUUGGCCCUGAUUUAGUCUAAUCAGUGUCUUUGCAGCACUAUCUAAUGCAUCAGUAUAGCCAAAUUUGGAUUUUUUCGCAAUCUGACCUGAUUGCGGCCCACAAGGAUUCAGUGCAUUGUGUAACUGCAUACGUCAAAUGUUGCACUUGAUUCUUGUUUCAACUGCACUCUUGAAAUCCAAAAAGGGUACUGGACUAUCACUAACCCUAGAUUUACAGUAUAUGCUACAUGAUGAAUGCAUAUUUGUAGAAAAGGUAAUUGCAAGAAAGGGUCAAAUCUUUUCCCCAAGGAAACGUUUGAUCAAAAUUUACAUAGCUGAAAUAUAUUUUUGUUUAGAUAGAGCAAGAAGUGUGUAAAAUUACUACAAUCAAGCCACUGCAGUACGGAAUCUUUAGACUUUGUUCACUUUAUUUAUUGCAUACACUGUAAGAACAUGUGAUUAAUGAUAUUAACUUGUACUGUGUAAUCUUGCUAUUUAAAAAAAAAUGAAGCUUGCUGUUGUUUGUAAAGAGAUCUAUAAAAUGUUUGAGAAAUCA